CCCACCCAAUUGAUUGAAGCUGAUGGCAGAAAGCCCAGUGGUCCACUGCACCGAGGCACCACCGCACCGCCCCAAGCCCGCCUCCACGCCGCUGAAGCUCUUCGGGUUCCAAGUCUCGGAGGACGAAGAGGUCGACUCUCGGCCAUCGAAUUCCGGCCACCACUCGUCAGAAUCCGGCGGUGUUCCGGCCACCGAUGGCCGGAAAUACGAGUGCCAGUACUGUUGUCGAGAAUUUGCAAACUCUCAGGCCUUGGGAGGCCACCAAAAUGCUCACAAAAAGGAGAGACAGCAAGUGAAGAGAGCUCAGAUACAGGCGAGCAGAAACUCUGCCGCCACCAGAUUGAGCGGCUACGCCUACCAGCAAAUCCCUGCUGCAACAGGAAUCCUGACGCCGCACGGCACGCGUGUUGCGGCCGGGGGAUUUUCUGGCGAAGGUUUUCCGUCGCCGUCGCCGUCGCCGAUGAUGUUUUCAGACAGCAGGAGCCCGCCAUCAUGGGUUUACGUGUCGUCUGCCAGUGCGUUUUCCGGAAGGUCCCCCUGCGUUUUUCCUGCCGGGCCCGGGGGUGUGUAUGGUUACGGCCCGGUUAUGUAUGGCGGGUUUCAGGAGGCAGGGUUGAUACCGGAAAAGGGUGCUGUGGAGGGUUGUGUAUUGUCGGAGCAGGAUGGGGGUUUGGAUCUGCAUCUCAGUCUUGCCACACGAGGUUCCUGAACAGAGAUGCUGGCUUGGCUUUUGGGUGGUGUUUACAAUUGAAGGCGAGGGUGGUUUGGGCCUGUUUCGGGCCUUUCGGCUCGUGUAAAUUUAUUUAUUAUUUAUUUUUUAUGAAAGUAAGUUAAAGUUGUCAGCAACAACUCUCUCUCUCUCUGACAACAACUCUCUUUAUCUCUCUCUCUCUUUCUUUCUCUCUAUAUUAGUCCUCUGUUUCUCACUGUAACUCAGAUCUUUCAUUGCUGGUUAGCAAAGGGAUUAGAUUUAAGUAAUGCUUCUGAGUUUAAUACAGACUGCAGGGCUGCAUAUGUUAUGAUUAUAGUAUAUGGUGCACAAUAUGGCCAUCCCACCAUCCAUCCUCAUGAACGGAUGAUGGAGAUGUGCCGGUCUUCCGCUGAUGGCAAAUGGUGGACUUCAAUAUACGAAAACUCGUUUCCACCUUCUGUUGAUAGGAUGGAUGGCAAAUAGGCCCUGUAAUAUACACAGAACGUGUAUUAGUGUAUUUCACCUUAGCUGUCUAUGUUAUAUUUCACUUGAGUUGAAGUGGAUUAGGUCAGGAGGGAAACGUC